AUGGCUCCCCGCGUCGCUAUCGUUUUCUACUCGAUGUACGGCCACAUCCUGCAGUUGGUCGAGGAAGAGGCCAGAGGUAUCAGAGAGGCUGGUGGUGAGGUCGACAUCUACCAGAUCCCCGAGACUCUCACCUCCGACGUCCUUGAGAAGAUGGGUGCUCCCGGAAAGUCCUCAUACCCUGAGCUCAAGAACCCCGAGACCCUUGAGAAGUACGACGGCUUCCUCUUCGGUAUUCCCACCAGAUACGGCAACUGGCCCGCUCAGUUCAAGGCCUUCUGGGACAAGACUGUAAGCUACAUCACCGGUGCCUUCUGGGGCAAGUACGCUGGUGCCUUCGUUUCCACCGCCACCCCCGGUGGUGGUCAGGAGUCCACCAUCAUCAGCGCCAUGUCGACCUUCGUUCACCACGGCAUGAUCUUCGUUCCCCUCGGCUACAAGACUGUCUUCGGCACUCUUGCUGACCUCACUGAGACCAACAACAAGCAGGAGGUUGUCGGUGGUGGUGCUCCCGUCACCGAGCCCAGCCAGACAAGCACAACACAAGCACCAAAGCAGCAGACCUCGACCGAGCCUCAACAUAAGGAGGAGCACGACAAGUCUGGUCCUUGUGGCUUGCCCGUCAAGUGCAUCCUCUCCUAG